AUGGCACACCGGGGCGGGUUUCAUCGAACCAUCGAGGCUUCUGGAGCAUCAAGUCUCAAGCGGCUGGAGAAGCGCAUCUCAGGAUUGGAACAGCAGAUUCAAUCAAAGGACCGCCAGAUAAUAGAGCAAAACCAGGAACUGAUCAAAAAGGCCAAAUCCCUGGACGAACGAGAGCGAGACGUCAAGGCUCUCCUGCGCUACGUGGAGAAAUGGGACGACUUCAAAGAGUUCAUGGACUCCGCCGGCAACACGACCCUUGCCAUCGAGAAUCAAGCUCUGAAACGUGAUCUGGAGACCAUGAAGAGCAAAUACGAGAAUCUCCUUGGAAAGAUCAAGCAGCGAGACGAGGAACUGGAGAAAGCGCGCGACGAGCAGGUCAAAUCAGCUGAGUCGCUGCGCAGAGUCCAGGCCAGCGCCUUUCGCUUCCAGGAUCAACCCGAAUGGGCUCCCGACUCGGACGACAUCAUUCGGCGAGAACUCAAUAAUCUUGAGCGCGAAGCCCGGGCAUGGUGUAUCGGGAAUUCGAUCAAGUUGCUCUCGGGGCUGGGCACAAUACCCGACCAGCUGCAGGCCGACUGGCAAGGCGUUCUUCGCUAUGAUGAGAAGAUCUUUGCGCGGAAUGACCAGCACCUACCUCAUCUGAUCCUCAUGGCGAUGCUGAUGGACUUUGUCUACGGACAGAUCUUCGCCCGGCCGCUCUUCUUUCUGCCCUGGCGCAUGGCUGAGGAAGACGGCCCCAAUGUGGCUGCGCGAGGACGCGAGCUACACGAGGCGCUAGCAAGGAUAUUGGAGGAGACGAGUCAAGCAAACCUCGAGGGAGCGCAUGCGUGGCGCUCGCAGUGGUUAAGACUACUUGAUCCAAGGCCACGAGGCGACCAGAAGGAGCGUCCGUUAUUGGAAACCACGAAACGACGGACCGAGGCGGCUCGCGAAAAGGCAGCCCAGCAUAUCAUGCAGGAGUUCCUCAAUACCUCUGCCGCAUUUCUGACUAGUCCUAGUCCGGUGGAGGGUCCCUCUUUGGCUCAGCUGCAGCGCAUUUUCACCGGAGCGGCGCAUCUCUCUUACAAGUUGUGGUUGCGAAAAAGCUACUUGGUCUUCCAUUCCAAGGCGCAACUCCCCGAAGCGUAUCACCACGCGUUGCAAAUCAGGGCUCACUCGCUACACAACCAGCUGCUGGAUGAUAAUGAGAAGGCACUAGACGGCGCCACUAUCCGGGUUGUCACGCACCCCGCAGUUGUGGUCUAUGGGAGCAGUGAUGGGGCGAGCUAUGAUUCCAACCGCAUGUGGAAAGAGGCUGUGGUCUAUAUGGGGUAA